AUGCCGCCCGAAGAAGGAGGAGGCGAGCAUGGCUGCGCGGUGCAGGACCACCCGCCGGCGACCGACCGCCGCGGCGAGGACGCUCCGCCCCAUUCAACUCCGCCGCUCCCCGCCGUUGAUCCAGUAGGUUCCAAGUGGUGGAAAUCCACAAUACCUGAAAAUGAGUGUGGAACCCCAAAUGAACCGUUUGUCUCAUUUUUACAGGAGAAGGAGCAGCAGCAAGAGCAUCAGCAGCCGGCGGCGAGUCUCCCUGAGGGCCCCCUCAUCGAAAUACUUGCUCGGGUGCCCUACAGGUCGCUCUGCCGCUUCAAGUGUGUGUCCAAGGCGUGGCUUGCCUUCUGCUCCUCCCGGGACAUCCGCAGGAGGUCGCCGCAGACCCUUUCUGGCUUCUUCUACAACGACAGAAGUGGUCUCCAUUUCUGUAACUUGUCAGGAAGAGGUCAGCCUCUGGUUGACCCUUCUCUCUCUUUCUUGCGUGAGAGCUACACAGACAUUUUUGUCGAGCAAUUCGGCGACGGCCUGCUUCUCUGCAGAUGCUGGAACACAGGAACCAGAAGCGAUUAUCUUGUGUGCAAUCCUGCAACUGAGGAGUGGACUGUGCUUCCUCCUUUACUAUUUCCAGCUCAGGAGUUCGGCCACCUGUUGCACUUCAAACCAAUCACUUACUUAGGCUUCGACGCCUCUGUUCCAUCCCGCUUCGUGGUGUUUGCACCUCUAACCAAUGGUCUGAAUGAUUCCAGAAAACUGGCGAUCUACUCAUCAGAAACUGGACAGUGGACUUACGUGCCGAGCAAGUGGGUCGCCGGAACUCUUGUGGAUCAUAGUAGGAAAACACGGGUCUUCCUGAAUGGCACUAUGCAUUUGAUCACCCUUCACAAAACAAUUGUCACGAUUGAUGCGGAGGGGAAAGUUUGGAGAGAGAUUGAAAUGCCAAAUGAAUUGCCGAGCGGCUCUGAUACCGCUUCCAUUGGGCAGUCUCAGGGGCGCUUGUACGCAUGGCAGAUAGAUAGUCCUCGCAACUGUCAGCUCUACAUUUGGGUUCUUGAGGAUUACGGUACUGGAAAGUGGACCCUGAAGCACACUGUUGAUAUUUUGGAAUUGUUUGGAAGACAUUAUCGCAAAGAUGAGUAUUGUUAUAAGAUGUUUGCAAUUCACCCAGAUUGUAAUGUGAUUUUUCUCACUGAUGGAAACAAGAUGACAGUGUCGUACAAUUUGGAUAAUCAUAAAGUUGAUGUUAUCUGCACUGAAUCCAUGUAUGGUCUACCUUAUACUCCCUGUUUUUCGGAAUUGCCGUCAGCUGGUCAUUAAGAGUCAGUACAGCAUGGCGCAACUCCUUUGUAAAAAAUUUGUAGCUACUAUGGGCAUACUCUUCUAAUUCCAUGGUCCUAACUCCUGUGUCUACGGUUCAGUAAUCCUAUAUAUUGGUGUUCGGGUUCAUUACUUUUAUUGCUUUGAACAAUGUCUGUGAGCCAAGACCUUGUAAGGGAAAUGCUUAGUUGUACUAGUAAAUUUAAUCUAUUUGCUUU